AUGAAAACCAGCCCCCGUCGGCCAUUGAUUCUCAAAAGACGGAGGCUGCCCCUUCCUGUUCAAAAUGCCCCAGGUGACACAGCAGAGGAGGAGCCGAAGGGGCCCCCUGCCCAACAAGAGCCUGCUCAAGCGCAGGCCCCCAAGGAGGUGGCGGAGCCCAACCCAUGCAAGUUUCCAGCUGGGAUCAAGAUCCUGAACCACCCGACUAUGCCCAACACCCAAGUGGUGGUCGUCCCCAACAACGCCAACAUCCAGAGCAUCAUCACAGCACUGACCGCCAAAGGGAAGGAGAGCGGCAGCAGCGGGCCCAACAAAUUCAUCCUCAUCAGCUGUGGGGGAGCCCCCACUCCCCCUCCAGGACCCCAGCCUCAAGCCCAAACCAGCAAGGACCCCAAGAGGAUGGAAGUGAUCACCGAGACCCUGGGACCAAAGUCUGCAGCUGGGGAUGAGAAUCUUCCAAGACCAGCGGGAGCCCUUCCUGGGCAGAGAUGGAAGAACUGUGCUGGCGGUGAGGCAGCCAGCUGCCCCCUGGACAACAGCUUGACCAACAUCCAGUGGCUUGGAAAGAUGACUUCUGACGGGCUGGCCUCCUGCAGCAUCAAGCAAGAGGUGGAAGAAAAGGAGAAUCGUCACCUGGAGCAGAGUCAGGCCAAGGUGGAGAGGCCCCCCAGAGCGUCGGCAGCCUGGCCAGACUCCGCGUCUGAGCGACCCCCAUACUCCUACAUGGCCAUGAUACAGUUCGCCAUCAAUAGCACAGAGAGGAAGCGCAUGACCCUAAAAGACAUCUACACUUGGAUCGAGGACCACUUCCCCUAUUUCAAGCACAUCGCCAAGCCAGGCUGGAAGAACUCCAUCCGCCACAACCUCUCUCUCCAUGACAUGUUUGUCCGCGAGACGUCUGCCAACGGCAAGGUCUCCUUCUGGACCAUUCACCCCAGUGCCAAUCGCUACCUGACACUGGACCAGGUGUUUAAGCCACUGGACCCAGGGUCUGCACACUCGCCCGAGCACUCGGAAUCACAGCAGAAACGGCCAAACCCUGAUCUCCGCCGGAACGUGGCCAUCAAAACCGAGCUCCCCCUGGGUGCACGGCGGAAGAUGAAGCCUCUACUGCCGCGGGUCAGCUCGUACCUGGUGCCCAUCCAGUUCCCCGCGAACCCGUCGCUGGUGCUGCAGCCCUCAGUCAAGGUGCCCUUGCCCCUGGCUGCCUCGCUCAUGAGCUCAGAGCUUGCCCGCCACAGCAAGCGAGUCCGCAUCGCCCCCAAGGUGCUGCUAGCGGACGAGGGGGUGGCCCCUCUGCCCACAGCAGGACCGGUGACAGAAGAGAAGCUGCUCCUCACAGAAGGACUGUCGCCUCUGCUUCCUGUCCCUUCCAUCAAGGAGGAAGACGUCCAGCCCGGGGAGGAGACGCCACAUCUAGGGAGGCCCAUCAAGGUCGAGAGCCCACCCCUGGAAGAGUGGCCUUCACCCUGCCCAUUGCUCAAGGAGGAGUCAUCCCACUCCUGGGAGGACUCGUCCUGCUCCCCAACCCCCAGGCCCAAGAAGUCCUCCGGCACUGGGUCCAGGUCCCCCGCCCGCCGUGUCUCCGACCUGCUGGUGAUCAAACGCAGGGAGGGGCGGGAGAUGAGCCGGUCUCGGAGGAAGCAGCACCUCAUGCCACCCCGCCUGGACGAGCCCGAGCUGCUCUCUGAGGGCCCAGGGGCUCCCCAACCAGCCCUGGCAGGGCCCCCGCAGCCUACCUGCCAGCUCGGCUCUCCCCCAGAGGACGGAGGCCCCUUUAAGACACCCAUUAAGGAGAUGCUGCCCACCUCCUCCACCCCCAGCAAAUCGGCCCUCCCCAUGACCCCUGAGUCCUGGAGGCUCACACCCCCAGCCAAAGUGGGGGGGCUCGACUUCAGCCCCGUACGAAUCCCCCAGGGUGCCUUUGGCCCCCUGCCGGACUCCCUGGAGCUCGCGGAUCUCAGUGCCACUCCGCUGAAAAGCAUCCCCCUCUUUGACUCCCCCCGAGAGCUCCUCAAUUCCGAACCCUUUGACCUCGCCACUGACCCCUUCAGCAGCUGCCCACCCUCUGACAUGGAGGUCCCCAAGCCGGGUUCCCCCGAGCCACAGGUGGCCAGCCUCUCGGCCAACCGCUCUCUGACCGAGGGCCUGAUCCUGGACACGAUGAACGACAGCCUCAGCAAAAUCCUGCUGGACAUCAGCUUCCCCGGUCUGGAGGAGGACCUGCUGGGCCCUGGCAGUGUUAGCUGGACUCAGUGCAUUCCUGACCUGCGGUAG